AUGCAGCAGUUCCUCAGGUGGUGGUGGUGGCUGUUGCUGUGGGCUCUGAGUUGCUGUGUCUUCUCCACAGAUGGAGCUGCAAACAUCACAAGAGUCAUCAUUGUUGAUCAAAGUGGGCAAGGAAAUUUCACAACUCUUCAAUCUGCUAUUGACUCACUCCCUGAUGGCAACUCACAGUGGAUACAAAUUUAUAUCAAACAAGGAACUUACAGACGUAAUAAUCUUGCUUCCUGGCAGAACACAUUCAAGUCCGGAAGUGAAAGGCAUCUGCAGGCAGUAGCAGCACUAGUGGGAGGAGACAGGAACUCGUUCCACGACUGCGCCUUCAUCGGCUACCAAGACACGUUAUGUGACUAUCGUGGACGACACCACUUCGAUAAGUGUUGGAUCGAAGGCGCUAUUGAUUUCAUCUUCGGCUUUGGUCAAUCCGUCUACAGUCGAUGCGUGCUGAACUCGGUGGACGGCGGUUGGUUAACUGCGCAUGCCAAGACGAGUGCCGACAGCCCUGGCGGGUUCGUGUUCAAGUACUGCACCAUUCGUGCUACAAAAAUGACCUACUUGGGAAGAGCAUGGAACCAACACUCCACAGUAUUGUUCCAUAAGACGUGGAUGCCAUCCACCAUUAGGCCUGAAGGGUGGGAUGCUUGGCAUGUCAUACCAAAUCAGUACCAAAUGACCUAUGUAGAGGAUGGAAACAUCGGAGCAGGUUCAAAUACCUCUGGAAGAGUCAGCUGGUUAAAGAGUCUCCCACCCGAACAGUUGCAAGGCUUCCUCAGCAGCAUCGAGUUUUUGGGCCCCGAUCGAUGGUUUGAUAAGCAGCCAUAG